CUCACCAUAUCUUUAUCCAAACCUUCAUUUUCAAUUCUCUCCAUUUAGAUUACCUUUUCUUGAAAAUUCAUAGCAUCAUAAUAAUGGCUUCUCUAGACAAGUUGGCCAUGGCCAAGCGUUGCUCUCAUGAAGGGGUAGUUGCUGGGACAAAAGCAGCAGUGGUGGCAACAAUUGCAACAGCUAUUCCAACAAUGGCCAGUGUGAGAAUGCUGCCCUGGGCAAGAGCCCACCUGAACCCCACUGCCCAGGCACUCAUAAUCUCAACAGCUGCAGGCAUGGCUUACUUCAUCGUAGCCGACAAGACGGUUCUCGCCACCGCCCGCCGCAACUCCUUCGAGAGCCGCAAUGUCUCGGGAAACAUCGAAGCCUGAGCGCGCGCCCCCGGCCGCGGCUAGCUCGAGAUAUAUAUGCCCCAAGUAGCUAGCUAUAUAGGGUGCAAGAAAAAGUGAGUAGUGAGUGUAUGUGGUGACCAACAUGCAUGCCUUGUAAUAUAUAGUUGGUUUCCCAUGGCCAUAGACCAUAGUGUUGUUGUUGGCUUUGUUUCUGUUUGAUGUAUCAAAUGUGUUUUCGAGCAUCUUAAAUAUGCUCUUGUUAUAAAACAAUCCAUACUGAUCUUCUUGUUCGACAGAUCGAUCGAGGAGAGAUGCAUGAGGAUUUAAAAUAAUUCAUGUAAAAUAACUGUAUCUUCGAAUUAAACCAUUGAUGUCUGAAGUCUUUCAUGAUUCACCCGGUCAUUGAUGAGAUGGGGAAGGAUUUGGAGCAGGUGGGGC